AUGGGCAUUCUGCUAAGUUUGAGAUUCCAGAUACUAGCAGCCUUUCUCGGAAGUGCGCUUGUCACCAUCUUCGCUGUUCUACUUGCUUACUACUAUGAUGCUAUCGAUGGCGACUUGAUGACCGACCUGGAUGACGAAUUCAAGUAUAAAGUUAGAACUAUCAUACGAAAGCGUAAAGCAAGCGUCAAGAACUGA